CUUCUUUUUAUUUUUCAAUGAAAGCCAAAUUUUUUGUGCCAGAGCUUAUACGUCGAGAGUAUGAAUUCUUUAAGGUUUAAAUACUUAACCAAUGCAUCAGUUUUGAAAUGUACUAAAAGUACCUUCAACAACUACAUAAAUAGAACAAACCGAAACUAUUCUUGCCUUCUUGGAAUAGAAACUUCAUGUGAUGAUACAGGCUGUGCGAUUAUCAGUGAUCGUGGAGAAAUAUUAGCGGAAACUGUGCAAUCUCAAAACUUAAUGCAUCUUCGAAACGGAGGAAUUAUACCUGAUGUUGCUCAAGAUUUACACAGAAAAUACAUUGAACCCACUGUGGAUAAAACUUUAGAACAAGCAAACGUUAGUAUGUCAGACAUUGCCGCAAUUGCUGUCACAUUACAGCCUGGCCUACCUUUAAGUCUCGCUAUAGGUAUGAAAUAUGCAAAACAUUUAGCUAGAAAUUUCAAAAAGCCUCUCAUACCAAUUCAUCACAUGGAGGCACAUGCAUUAGUUGCUCGAAUGGAACACGAUAUAUCCUUUCCAUUUUUGACAUUACUUAUAUCUGGUGGACAUUGUUUACUUGCUGUGGCUCAGGAUGUAAACAAAUUUUUAUUACUAGGUGAAAGUAUAGACUGUGCUCCUGGAGAAGUUUUUGAUAAAAUUGCAAGGAGGAUGAAGCUACGAAAUGUACCUGAGUAUUCACAAUUAUGUGGAGGACAAGCUAUUGAAAUUGCUGCUUCAAAAGCAACAAACCCACACAUGUUUAAAUUACCGCUUCCUUUAGCUGAACAUAAAGAUUGUAAUUUUAGUUUUAAUGGCCUUAAAACAUCUGUAUUAUAUCAUCUUUUUAAAAAGGAACAAUUUCACAAUAUUGAUGCAGAUAAGCUAAUUCCAGAAGUAAAUGACUUAUGCGCCGCUACAUUAAUGGCUACUUCUAGACAUUUAUUACACCGAACACAAAGAGCUAUGGAAUUUUGUCAUCAAAACAACUUAAUACCAAAUAAUAAAAAGCAGUUUGUUGUUUCUGGCGGUGUGGCUUGCAAUAAUUACAUUUUUAAUGUGCUGACAGUACUGUGUAACGAGUUCGAUUAUAACAUUUUUAGACCCCAGCCGAAGCUAUGCACUGACAAUGGAGUUAUGAUAGCAUGGAAUGGCUUAGAAAAGUGGUGGAGAAAUAUUGACAUAGUAACUGAUUUAAAUACUUUAGAUAUAAAAGCUCAAAGUCCAUUAGGUGAAAGUUUUGUUGACAAAGUUGUCACUGCAAGAAUACCAACAAAAUUGAUGAAAGUUAAAAUUAAAUUAUAAUAUUAUAUUUAAUUUAAUGUCUUAAUUGUAUUAAGUUUUAUUGAAAUAAAUUGUUA